ACCAACCACUUAAAAAAAAAGGGAAUAACAAAAAGCUUCUGUCUCAACGAAGCUUCAUCUCCUCCUUUGUGGCGUAGAAAGCAGUUUGAGUGAUUAAACUUUUUACGUCCACUUGAAUUUUUUUUUUCUAUAUUCUUUUUGGACUUUUUCUGAUCACUCGUUUGUCUCUGAAUCUAUCCCUUGCAUCCGCAUCUCAAUUCGUUUUUAUUUUAUUUUAAGGAGAAGCUUUCUGAAAUUUGAGAUCCAUUCUAUAUCGAUUGCCCUCUCUCUAGUCAAUCCCUGAUGGCGGAUGCAGCAAAGGAUUUAGCUUCAGGGACUGUUGGAGGAGCGGCUCAGCUCAUUGUAGGCCACCCUUUCGACACUAUCAAGGUCAAACUUCAGAGCCAACCUGCUCCAGCACCUGGACAGCCACCUAGGUACACUGGCGCAAUCGAUGCGGUUAAACAGACCUUUGCUGCGGAAGGACCUAAAGGUUUGUACAAAGGUAUGGGAGCUCCUCUUGCAACCGUCGCUGCCUUCAACGCGGUUUUGUUCACCGUGAGAGGUCAGAUGGAAGGGAUGUUUAGGUCUGAACCUGGAGUUCCUUUGACUAUUAGUCAACAGUUUUUGUGCGGCGCAGGCGCUGGUUUCGCUGUCUCGUUCCUUGCUUGUCCCACCGAGUUGAUCAAAUGCAGGUUACAAGCACAAGGUGCAUUAGCUGGUGCCUCUACCACAGGCUCAGUAGUUGCAGCUGUGAAAUACGGUGGACCAAUGGACGUAGCACGUCAUGUGCUGCGAUCAGAAGGUGGAGCACGAGGUCUAUUCAAAGGUUUAUUCCCUACAUUUGCUCGUGAAGUCCCUGGAAACGCAACAAUGUUUGCAGCCUACGAAGGUUUCAAGAGGUUUUUAGCUGGUGGUUCAGACACUUCAAGCUUAGGACAAGGAUCAUUGAUCAUGGCUGGUGGAGUUGCUGGUGCAUCCUAUUGGGGGUUUGUGUACCCAACCGAUGUGGUGAAGAGUGUUCUUCAAGUUGAUGAUUAUAGAAACCCUAAGUACGCGGGUUCGAUGGAUGCUUUUAGGAAGAUUUUGAAAGCUGAAGGAGUUAAAGGUUUGUAUAAAGGGUUUGGUCCAGCAAUGGCUAGGAGUGUCCCUGCAAAUGCUGCUUGCUUCUUGGCUUAUGAGAUGACAAGGUCUAGCUUGGGAUAAACCGGUUUGGUUUUGGGCUUUGACUGUUGGUUCGAUUUGUUGUUGUUCCAUUUGAUUAACGUUUCGGGUAUUAAAUGAUUCUUUUAAAUUUUAAGAAAAAAAUUCAUCAUCUUA